GCCCACGUGGCUUGUACACUGCGAGAGCUGCUGUGCUUGUUUGAGCUUCUUUAGCAAGAAUAUAAUUAUUACUUUCAUCAUGCGUCCGUUAACAGAAGAAGAGACAAAAACAAUGUUUGAGAAACUCUCUAAAUACAUUGGGGAGAAUAUCAGACUUCUUAUUGAUCGGCCUGAUGGGACUUACUGCUUCAGACUUCAUAAUGAUCGAGUAUAUUAUAUGAGUGAAAGAAUCUUGAAGCUGGCUACAAAUAUCUCCCGAGAUAAACUGGUAUCUGUCGGCACAUGCUUCGGAAAGUUCACGAAAACACAGAAGUUCCGUCUGCACAUCACGGCUCUCGAUUUCCUUGCGCCAUAUGCUAAGUUUAAGGUGUGGGUGAAGCCGGGCUCAGAGCAGUCAUUCCUGUAUGGAAACCACGUCAUGAAGUCCGGCCUGGGGAGAAUCACAGAAAACACAGCACAGUACCAAGGAGUGGUGGUGUAUUCAAUGGCAGAUGUACCGCUGGGCUUUGGAGUGGCAGCGAAGACCACACAGGAGUGUCGGAAGGUCGACCCCAUGUCCAUUGUGGUUUUCCAUCAGGCUGAUAUCGGCGAGUACAUCAGAAGUGAAGACACUCUCACAUAAGAGGAUAUAAUAUCUCCAGUGCUCAUGGACAGUUCAUUACAUUCUGGUGAUUGGAUGUUCCCUACUUGAAAUUCAAAGCAUUGCAUUCUUUUGGACCGUUUUCAGAGUUUAAACAAUAUUUGUUAUAUGUGAUUUUUCAUUGACUAUAUCUGUAUCAAAAAAAUAAACUUCAAGGUUUUGAAAUAACUCUAAUUUAUGUGAAUUUAUGAAUUAUUUUCUUCUGAUUUUAAAAUGAUUCAGGGCAGCUGGGUUGUACCAAGCCAAACAGGAAACAAAACUAGAUCAAACCAGACCAAUCUUACACAAACUAGUUCAGAAUAAAUGUUUGUUAAAAAGUACACUGACUUCACACACCUUUUGACCGAUUAAUUGAAUAUUUUUUCCCCAGUGUGUUAACGUCUUAUGUUACUGUAAAAUAACACUGAGCAAUUUAUUGCCAAUGAAAUAUUCAUAUUAUCUUCAAAUUCCACAGCUUGAUUUCCAUUAAUUUAUUAACUAUAAAAUUUCAUAAAAAAUGUUUUCUUGUGA